AUGCAUGCAUCUUAUGAGGCUUCUCCAAUUUUGGAGAAAUUGCCACUGGCAAUAGAAUCCAUAGCAUGUUAUGAGGAUAUUUUACUGGUUGGAACUAAACAAGGUCAUUUAUUACAAUACAAAGUGAAGAGAAUCAAGACGUCAGAUUCAAAGUUUGAAGUUAAUCUUGAGAGAUCGAAUAAAGCUUUUGCUAAAAAACCAAUAACACAAGUAACUUAUAAUCUGCUUUAUGAUUUAUUGCUGUUUUUUUUUUUGAUAGAUAAUGUAAUAUGUGUCCAUGAUUUAACCACAUUUGGUCUUGUAACCACAGUUAAUAAAACAAAAGGUGCAACUUUGUUUACAGUUGACCUAAGCGUAAACGGAAAAGUUCAACCUAAUUUGAGAAUAUGUGUAACUUCCAAACAAAGAAGAGCUCAGUUCUUCUUUUGGAAGAAUCGAGAAUUUCAUGAUUUGUUGAGUGAACUUGGUCUAUAUGAUGCACCUAGAGCAAUGGCUUGGUGUGAAGAUUCUAUAUGUGUUGGAUUUAAGAGAGACUAUUUUCUUAUCAAUGUAAAAACUGGAGAUUUGAAAGAAUUAUUUCCAUUAGGUAGUAAACAAUUAGAACCUGUAGUAACUAAAUUAUCUGACAAUAGACUAGCAUUAGGUCGGGAUGAGAUGUCCAUAUUAAUUAAUGCCCAUGGUGAACCAACACAAAAACAUCCUGUCAAGUGGUCUGAUAUACCAGUAGCUUUACAGCAUGAUCCACCAUAUCUUAUAGCCAUUUUACCAAAAUAUGUUGAAAUUAGAACCAUUGAACCUCAGAGAAUGAUACAAAGUAUUGAUCUAAGUAAAGCAAAAUUUGUUUGUCAUGGAAGGUUAGUUGGCUGUGUUUAUGUUGCUUCAUCUAACUUUGUGUGGAGAUUAGCGUCUGUUUCUAUACCUCAACAAAUACGGGAUCUCUUACAAGCUAAAGAAUUUGAAUUGGCAUUACGUUUAGCUGAGAUGACAGAAGAACCAGAAUUAGAAAAACAAAAGAGGAUAAGAAAUAUUCAAAAUUUAUAUGCAUUUGAUUUAUUUUGUCAACAUAGAUUUGAAGAAUCCAUGAAACUUUUUGCCAAAUUAGGAACAGAUCCAUCUAAUGUGAUAGGUCUAUAUCCUAAUUUAUUACCACAAGAAUAUAGAAAUCAGUUAGAAUAUCCUGCUAAAUUACCUGAUUUAGAAGGUAGUGAUUUAGAAAAAGGUUUAUUGGCAUUAAUAGACUUUCUUAUGGAGAAAAGAAAUGAAAUGGUAGUAGAUUUAACUAAAGAAAUAUCAACUACAGCUAUAGUGGAAGGAAAUUCUGUUAUUAAAACUAAAAAACAACUUAGUCAAAUUAUAGAUACAACUUUAUUAAAGUGUUAUUUACAGACUAAUGAUGCUUUAGUAGCACCAUUACUAAGAUUACCAGAUAAUAACUGUCAUAUAGAAGAAAGUGAACGAAUUUUAAAAAGAAAAGAAAAAUUCAGUGAAUUAAUAAUUUUAUAUCAGAAAAAGGGUUUACAUCAGAAAGCUCUAAGUUUGUUAAUGAAACAAGCUGCUAGACCUGAUUCCACCUUGAAAGGACAUGACAGAACAGUCACAUAUCUUCAACAUUUAGGUGCUGACCAUUGGGAUUUAAUCAAAGAAUAUUCUGAAUGGGUUUUAAAGAAACAUCCUGAAGAUGGUCUUAAGAUAUUUACUGAAGAUUUACCAGAAGUAGAAAGUUUACCUUGUGAUAAAGUUCUAGAUUAUCUUGAGAGUACCAGUGAAAAAUUAGCCAUUCCAUAUUUGGAACAUGUGAUAUUACAUUUAGGUAAUGAAAAAUCUGAUUUUCAUAAUCGAUUGAUAUUGAUGUAUAAAAGUCAUGUGACAGAAUUAAUGAAAGAUUAUCUACAUUCCCUUCCAGAAGCAGGUCAUCCACCUAGUAUUCCUGGUAAAGAACCAGGUGAAUUAGGACAAUAUAGAAACAAGUUAUUACAGUUUUUAUAUACAUCACAACAUUAUAUACCAGAAAGAUUAUUAACUAGAUUCCCUCUUGAUGGUUUCUAUGAAGAGAGAGCUAUAUUAUUAGGUAGAUUGGGUAGACACGAACAAGCUUUAGGAAUCUAUAUCCAUGUUUUACAUGAUCCUGUCAAAGCAGAAGCAUAUUGUACUUCACAUUUUGAUAGAAAUAGUGAAAGUAAUAAAGAUGUUUUUGUUCAGUUAUUAAAAACAUUGUUACAACCACCUGACCCUACAACAUUAGGUAUGGCUGCUGGUCAAUGUAGUCCUGCUAAACCAGAUAUGUCUGCUGCUUUACGUAUCUUGGAAAAACAUGCCUGGAAAAUUGAUACAACUAAAGCAUUAGAGUUGUUGCCUGCUACCACCAGAAUUCGUGAUAUUGUAACCUAUCUAGAAAAUGUAAUGGAGCACCAAGCAUCUCGUAGACGCCAAAAUCAAGUAUUAAAAAGUAUGCUGUUUGCUGAAAACUUACAGAUACAAGAACAAAGAAUAUAUCAUCAAGGUAUAAAAGUUAAUAUUACAGAUGAAAAAAUGUGUCGUGUUUGUAAGAAAAGAAUAGGUGAUAGUGCAUUUGCCCGAUAUCCUAAUGGUGUAAUAGUACAUUAUUAUUGUUGUAAAGAC